AUCACUUUGGGAUAAAAGUUGCAGCAGCAGCAGACAUGAAAUCCUCCAGCGAGCCAGUCGGACAGCAGCAGAGAGUUUUUGUCCACCGGCUGCAGAACAGAACCAGACGCUCCUGACUGAGACGGUUCUGUGCUGAAGGUGUCGAGACGACUCAGCAGAUGGACACCUGCAGCGGAUUUCCUGACAGGUGCACCUGCUAAACGAAGAGCUGGACAGAAACUCAUGUUGGACAGAUUUCUAACUUGAGAUCAGCAACACCGAAGUGAACCACAUCUGCAAAAUGACAGCAGCCACACAACUUCUGGAUGAGAUGUGCCAUCUGACGGCUCAGUCUCUGACACCGAUGGACACAUCGGCGCACUUCAAGGUCCUGAAGCUGCUGGGGGAAGGCUCGUACGGCAAAGUCAUGCUGGCCGUGCACAGGAAAAGAGGUACUCCCAUGGCUCUGAAGUUCUUCCCUCGUGAGUCCACAUCUCUUUUCUCGUUCCUGAGGGAGUACAACCUCUCCCUGUCGUUCUGCACCCACCCGUCUCUGACCAGAGCUCUGGGAAUCGCCUACUCCACACCUUCACACUACGUCUUCGCUCAGCAGGCGGGCCUCUUCGGUGAUCUCUACGACGUCAUCAUGCCUGAGGUGGGUAUGGAGGAGGACUGCUGUCAGCGGGUGGUGUCCCAGCUGUGCGGCGCUCUGUCACACCUGCACUCUCUCGGAUUUGUCCACAGAGACAUCAAACCGGAGAACGUCUUCCUGUGCGACUCAGCCUGCCGUUGGGUCAAACUAGGAGACUUUGGCAUGGUGAAGGCCCGGGGCACCCGGGUCCCAGAGGUGUGGUACAGCUCUCCUUACUGCACGCCUGAGGCCGAGAUCGCUCGAGGGAAUGACGACAGCUGGAGAAGCAUCAGCGACGGGAAUGAUGGCGCCAAUAAGAACGAAGAAAAGAAGUCGAGAGUUUGGGUGUCUGUGGAGCCCAGCACGGACAGCUGGGCGCUGGGGGUCCUGACCUACGCCAUGCUCACCGGCAGCCACCCGUGGGCUGAAACCUCCAGCGACUGCCACUCAUACCUGAAAUAUCAGGAAUGGUUUGACGGGACAAAAGGACCAGCGGACGAACUCGAUGUGUGGGCGGAGCCUCAGGGUGACGGCACAGACGGAGCAGAACUUGGAGGGAACGAUCAUCCGCCCACAGCGCCACAGUUCACAUGUUUCACCCCGCUGGCCUGCUCCUUCUUCCAGUCGCUCCUCGACCCGAGGCCUCGGCACCGAGGACGACCCGAGGACGGGCUGAGUUACCUCGGAGGGGACUGGGUGAUGGAGAAGGAGAGGGUUCGACUGGAGGAGGAGAGGAAGAAGAGCAGAGGGAAGGGAGCCAUCAGGAACAUGAAGGAGAGGGAGGGGAGGGGAGAACGAUGAGGAACGUGACCUCAUAAGUGAACCAUGAAGAAACUGCUGCUCACCUUUGUGUUAUAUCAAAGAUAUGUGACGUUUAGAUUCAGUUCAUUAAACCUGAUAAAUAUUUAUUUAGUUCAGCAAACAUGUUCUAUUGAAACUAAGCUGCCUUUUCUUUGCUUUAGAUUACUUUAAAUUAAAUAUCUUUUAAAUUUAGGACAUUGAUCAGACAGACUAAUUUCAAGAUGUAGUUUUAAGCUCUCGGAAGCUGUUACAGGUUUAUUUGAACUGAUUUGUUACAUUUUAAGUGGUAAAUCAUUAAGUUAAUCAAGAAAACAACCCAAUAGAUUAUUAAUCAACAUAAACAUUAUUGUGACUAAACUGAAAAAAGACAGAUUUGUAUUGAUAACUGUAAAAUAUUUGAGCAUUAAUUCAAAGAAGUCACUGAACUGUCAUUUCAACUAUCAGUCAAGACGAGUGAUUAAUGAAUUGACUUACACCUUUUUAAUUUAUUUUAUAAAAAUACAUCUGCUGUAGCACUAACAGUGCUUUAUGUAACAGGCUGAGAUUGAGUUGAAAACAUAGUGUAACAGCUGCAGUUGUGGGGAUUACUUGUAUGUAAUUGUGCUGUAAUGCUAUCAGGUCCGUGUAAAAGAUCCCCUCUUUAGCGCACUGCAUCUAUAUCUGGAUCCAGACUGUUAGCAUCAUAGUGGGUUCUGAACUGUAUAUAGACUGUGAGAAGUGCCCGGCCAUAAACAUGUCUGUCAGCAGGCUGAGAGGUGCAGAAGGGUUAUGAAAACUGUUUCAAAUGUGAAGUAAAUAUCCACGUUUUGAGAGGUGAUCCCUGGAAGUAAAUAUUUAAACGUUGUGUAUAUUUUAGUAGCACUUGUGUAGCACUGUCAACGUAGCUGACAGCAUUUAACGUUUUGUAUAUAAGCAUGUAAGCACUCGACUGAAGCUGUUUGCUGUUGCACCUUUUACAUAAUCGAAAUCGAUGCAUCUGCUUUUAUUUUGUAUGAUAAAUGUAAACUGUGUCAAAUGUAUGAAAUUUAAUGCAAUAAAUGAGGAUUUAAUG